CUUCCGAUGGCUGAUGAUAUUGACUUAGAACCUAUAGCUUUGAUGACUGAAGGCUUCAGUGGAGCUGAUCUUCAAGCUCUUCUCUCAGAUGCCCAGCUUGCAGCUGUUCACGAGUUUCUGAACAGAGAAGAUAAACCCGAAACCGGAACUACGCCAAUAAUAACCGAUCCUCUUCUGAAGUCGAUCGCUUCAAAAACUAAGCCAUCGGUUUCCGAGACCGAGAAGCAAAAGCUCUAUGACAUAUAUAGCCAGUUUCUGGAUUCAAGAAAAUCGUCAAGAGAAUCAAAGGGCAAAAGAGCAACCUUAGCAUAAUCAAAGGAAUUACAAAGACCAAAAGAAAUUGUUAUAUUGUAGAAUCACAUCAUGAUGUAAAAUUUGCUUUAUGAUAUAUUUGUAUGUCCACUGAUAAGCAUUAUAGUCAAAAUGGUUUUAGAGUUUUCAAAUAAAGAUCGUUAAGAGAGCCGUAAUUUGUUGGCCUCUUUAUAGGGUAA